AUGGACAUCUUCGUGCGCAACAUUCCCCCGCACAUGACCAUCAAAGAACUCAAUUACUUCUUCACUGGUCCGCUGAAAGACUGUGGCAUCGACAUCUUCUAUGCCGAAAAGCAUCGUGACAAGCCGACCGCCACCAUUACCGUGCUCGACGUCAACUGCGGCCAAGUCUUCCUCAACCAGUAUGGCCUUCCUCCCAACGCACCCCGGCACAUCAAACCUCUGCGACGGCUCCACUACGCCGACAAGCUGAUCAUCUGCCAAAAAAGCAACCACGAGCCCAGUGACUUCUCUCUAAAAUCCUUACACUACGAAGCUACCCAGCGCGCAAAAGCCGUCGUGGCAAACACAGCACCUCAACAUCAGAACCGAAACAAGCAGCUAAAUCGCUUCGAUGUCCGGGAGCUGCAGUGCGGCAUGUGGGACUAUGAGGGCUCAAGGCUCGCCUUCACAUCGCACUUCACUGACAAUCGCUCCGGCAAAGUCAUCUUCGGACGCAAAGAAGCGAUCGUACUCAUCGGCCCGCCUGGCGCCAAUCAGUCUCGUAUCGACAUCAAUUACCAAGACUGCUUCGACAUCAACCUAGGCACAUACGAGGAGCCCUCGGUCACUUUUAACCUGGGUACAGCUCCCCGAAUGUAUGAGAUCUCCGCCCAGGAAACACUUGCUGCAGCCAUGGCUGCCCUCACGAUGGGUUCACGUAAAGCGCAAGCGCCAAAGAAGCUCCGGCUGUCGGCGAUAAAUGAUUUCCACGCGCGGGUUGCCGGUACUUGCUUUGUCUACCGAGUGACUCUACAGGACAACAGGGUUCUUGCCAAUAUCAAGGCUCUUUUAAGGAACGCCAAAACCUCUGUACUCUCCUACAAAACACACUUCCGCUAUCCGCUUGAACCUCUGGAGAACAGUUUCACGAGGCUUGCCACUGAGCUCACGACGCAGUCGGCGGGCCGAUUUGGUCGCAAGCCUUUCAAGCUGCGAUAUCAAGUCGAGAGACUUGCCAAGAAUGGUUUGCUGUCCCCGCAGAAAGUCAUGCUCUUGCUCCCCGCCAUCUCUAAGCUCUAUGAUGCUUAUAAGCUCGAUGCGACGGUUGCAGCACUCAGGCGCUUUGCACGAGACGUGAAGGCCGAGCCUCCUGGUCCCAGUACGCAAGCUCACGAGUACUCCCUCGAGUCACUGAAAGCGCUUCUCGAGGAAUACGCGAUCAGCUAUGACACCAGCGCUCCAGAAAACCCUUACGAACUGGCCAAGCGUCACAAGCACAUCAAUCUGGUGCACAAAGUUGUGGUCACACCUUGCGGUACCUACCUCGAAGGACCUGAGCCCGAACCGACGAACCGGGUGUUACGUCGUUACGCGCGACCAGACUACUUUAUACGAGUGGUCUUUCAAGACGAGGACGGCGGCCCAGUCCGCCACGAUGGCAGGACGAAUCAGGAGCUUGUCUAUCACAAACGAUUCCAAUCGAUCCUUGACGGCAGUAUGCUCUUCUGUGGUCUUGGCUUCUCCUUCCUCGGCUUUUCAAACUCAUCGCUACGUGCGCAGUCCUGCUGGUUCAUGGCGACAAUGUUCAGUAGAGAAGGUAAAAUGAUCUUCACCGAUCAUGUUAUCAAGGAGCUGGGAGAUUUCAGUCACAUCCGCGUUCCAGCCAAAUGCGCAGCUCGCAUCGGCCAGAACUUCACCGAUACCAAUUCGACGGUCAGAGUGCAAGAGCACGAGGUUUAUGACCUGCCAAUGGUCGUGCGUAACGGACGUGACUUCAGUGACGGGGUAGGCACCAUAUCACUCGAGCUUUUGCAGGCGGUCUGGGAAGUGUACGGUACACGGAAGCUUCUGAAGCCCACGGCGCUGCAGAUUAGAUUCCAGGGAGCCAAAGGGAUGGUGAGUCACUCGAUACAGGCGAAAUGAUCGCACUUGAAUUGACAUUUUGUCCCCACAGGUCUCUUUAGAUACUCGACUUCCUGGCCGUCGCCUCAUGCUUCGAGAUAACAUGCGCAAAUACAACACGGCAGUUAAUUGGGACCUGGAGAUAUGUGGAGCUGCGUUCCGCCCGCUGCCGAUGGUGUUGAAUCGGCCAUUCAUCAAGAUUUUUGAGGACCUAGGCAUUGGGAUGCAAGUGUUUUUGGAUCUGCAGAGAGACGCAAUGGACCAUCUCCGCAAGAUGACACAGUCUUCCAUCAACACGGCCCUGUUCCUCGAAGAAGCUGAAGGCAUCAAAGCAACCAGAUUACCUUCUCUGAUCAGGCAUUUGGGACAGAUUGGUCACGACUACCACCAGGACGAAUUUCUCUACCAAGUUGUCGAGAUGGCGGUGGUGUCGAAGCUGCGGGAUUUUAAAUACCGCGGCCGAUACCCUGUUCCUGACGGAGUCACCUUGUACGGAAUUAUGGAUGAGACGGGGUAUCUCAAGGAGGGGCAGAUCUACGUUGUCACAGAAAAGGAAGGCGGAAAAGAGGUGCUUGUUCAGAAUCAAGUCGUUGUCACUCGCUCACCAGCGCUGCAUCCAGGCGAUAUCCAAGUUGUGCAGGCAAUCGACGUCCCCCCAAACUCGCCCUUGAAGAAGCUUUCCAACGUCGUCGCGUUCAGCAAGUAUGGCGACCGCGAUCUCCCAAGCCAGCUUGGUGGCGGUGAUCUAGACGGAGAUCUUUACAACAUUAUAUGGGAUCAGCGCCUAAUUCCGAGGUCGACAUACAUGGCAGCUGACUAUCCUCGCGUUGAAGCUGUCCAACUCGAUCGCGAGGUCACGAGGAAAGACAUGAGCGAUUUCUUCGUCACGUUCAUGGAAUCUGACCUGCUUGGCAAAAUUUGCACGGAGCAUCUUCAACUUGCCGACCAACGUGCUGCGGGUACACUGGAUCCUGACUGCAUUUCCCUCGCUCAGAAGGCGUCUACAGCCGUGGACUUCUCCAAGACUGGCAUACCGGUGGACAUGAGGAGUGCUCCCAAGAUGGCUCGCUGCAAGCCGGACUUCAUGGCGCCUGAUCCUAGAGUCGUCAUCUCAGAGUCAGGCUACCUAGAUUUCGAAGAAGACGAAGUCGAAGACGAUGAUGCUUUCGAAGGUCUUGACAUUGAGCGUCGACCCAUGCGAUAUUACUUCAGCCAGAAGACGCUUGGACACUUGUAUCGCAACAUCGAUGAGCGAAUGUUUCUCGCGAAGAUGCAGCAACAGCACCGGACCCUUGCACCCAGUUUGAAACCGCAGGAUCUGUUGCCACGCGUGCUCAAGUACGUUAAACAUUGGGCUUCGCAGUACGGUCUCAUUUAUUCUCACCACAAGGCUUUGGCGAAGGACAUCCAAGCCCAGUAUGAAGACAGUCUAAUCAACAUUCUCUACGACUACGAGCCUACUCCGCGCUCCCCUCUCUCAGAAAUAGAAGUCUUUGCUGGACAAAUCUUGGGGAGGAAGGGUGGUCCUCAGAACAAGCCGCUCCGUGAACUAGCUCAGACGAUGCGAGAGCGCUUCGAAGUUGUUGUUGAUUAUACAGUGAUGCGCAUCACGAAGGGCGAUAAGGCAAUGCGCGAGGCAAACGAUCUCGACGACCUCUAUGAGGAAACGGCACGCUAUACCGAACGUGAAUUCGAAGCUCUACCUAGAGCUGUAGCUUGUUUGGACGUUGCUGUCAACGGGCGUGGUCUGACGGACCGCAAGCUGGGCGAGCUCAAGAGUUUCAGGUAUGUAGCGGCAGGCGUGUGCUUGAGAGAGCUGGAGCGAUAUCGUAUUACCACCUUUGGGAGUCUGUCGGGCCUGCCGAGCGCGUGGGACGUUUCGAGGUAG